AUGCACCCACCAGGGGACUCUGAAGCAGCUACAAAAAGCCGUGAACAAUCAACAGAUGCCGUUAAAAAUGAAAAUGAGCCCAGCUCUGAAGGUCAGCAUACGGAGGAAGAUCAUUCUUCAAAUGCAGUUCAGGCCUCAGUUCCACAAACAAGGUCGAGCACCAAAGCCCAUCAGAACAAAUCUGAUGAAAACAUAGGUUCAAAUAAAGGUGAAGCUGAGGAUGGGAAGGGAAUGAGUCAGUCCUCAACUCCACAAACACGGUCUUCUGCCAAAGUCAGAAGUAAGUCAGAAGAGAUGAUAGUCCCAGACAAGAGUGAAAAUGAGGAUGGUGAUAAUAAAAUAAUCCGUACUACCAGAGGAAAUAGUAAAGUAAGAAAUGAUGAUAAAAGCAGUAGUACAGAAGCAGCCCAUCUCACUGAAGAAAGAGUUACUGGCCAUAACACCCGAUCAGCUACAAAAGUGAAGCCUGAUGUUAGUGAUGAACCUGAACAGCAAGAAGAAGGAGGUAACAUAUCAAAGACAAGAAAGGUGCAGAAAGAUACAAAAACUACAGUGCCAGACACGGAAGGUGACACACAAAGCGUGAAUCAGCAGGAAACUGAGGUUCUUUCUUCGGUUGAUACUGUAAAGAAAACACAUACCCAGGAUCAUUUGGAAGAUUCUUGCCAGGUAAGUGAGGAUUUGACCUCAGAGGCUGCUCUAGAAACAGAUCAACAGGAAAAAGAAACUGUGAAGUCUGCAGAGUUAGUGACAAGAAAUGAUAAAGAGGCCUCAACAGUAUUGCAAAAUGUGAAGCAUAUUGUAGGUAAUAAAUCACCCAGAUUAAUAUUGUCACAAAUUGAUAAGCAUCUAGAACCAAGCCCUGAAAAAGGAACAAAUACAUUUGCAGCAUCCAGUGACAGUGGUGAAAUUAAGGAUUCUCCAAGGCGUAGUUCAAGACGAGGUACAAGCAGAGUGAAAAUUGAUAAGGAAGAGAUCCAGCUGCCGUGCAGAACACCACACAGAGAUCAUUCAAGAACACCAAUUCAUAUUCAGCAACCAGCAGAGCAAAGGGAGACAGGUGACAGCUUUGCAGCAUCAAUAAGGUCAAUUUCAUGCCGUCGAUCAAUUCGGGACUCUCCCUAUGUUUCAAAAAUAAAUGAUUCUUUCCAGAAACAGAGAAUUACUAAGCAGCAGGUAACAGUUAAGAAAACUACUAAAGAAUAUUUAUCAGAUAGUAAACUUGAUGUAUCUACUGAGAAAAGUAUUGAUGUGACCACUGAAUCAGAUGAAUCAUCUGUCUCAAGAGAUAAAAUAUGA